AUGCAAGAGUUAGAGCAAUGGAAGGAACACGUUUCUCAUUUCUGGAACGUGGCAAACGAUUAUCUUCGCGAGCUUCCCCCAAAUCAACUCUAUGCCGCUGUUGCUAUCGCCGUUUUCACAACCCUACUUCUUCUCAUACUGAGGUUUUUGAAUCGCACUAAGUCUAACACUAUUGUGUUAACGGGACUCAGUGGCAGUGGGAAAACUGUUCUCUUUUAUCAGCUUAGAGAUGGAUCUACUCAUCAAGGCACUGUUACAUCAAUGGAACCAAACGAAGAUACUUUUACUCUUCAUGGUGAAACAACAAAGAAGGGAAAGAUAAAACCUGUUCAUAUUGUUGAUGUUCCUGGACAUUCUCGUCUUCGACCCAAACUGGAUGAGUACUUGCCACAAGCAGCUGGUGUAGUUUUUGUAGUCGAUGCUUUGGACUUCUUACCAAAUUGUCGUGCUGCCUCAGAGUACCUAUAUGAUCUAUUGACCAAGGGAAGUGUUGUGAGGAAGAAGAUUCCUCUGCUUAUCCUCUGCAACAAAGCAGACAAAGUUACUGCUCACACUAAAGAAUUCAUCCGCAGACAGCUCGAGAAAGAAAUUGACAAAUUACGGUCAUCAAGAAGUGCAGUUUCAGAAGCUGACGUUACAAAUGAAUUCACUUUGGGAGUAGCCGGCGAACCAUUUUCCUUUACUCAGUGCUCUAACAAAGUUACAACUGCAGAUGCUUCUGGUUUAACUGGAGAGAUAUCUCAGCUAGAAGAGUUUAUCAUAGAAUAUGUGAAGCCAUAG